CAUCACCGCAGCUCCGUGUCAAGUUGCCAACAUAUUGACCAUAAACGCAACAGCAGCAGCCAGCGCCCAGCAGGGGCAGGAGAGAAAAACUUCCUGCAGCCGUAGGCUAGCUGUAGGUCUCCCCUCCCCCUUACUCCCUACACUUCACUUACCCUAAGCGCGCAUCUCGCGCCCUUGGACGGCAAUGAACGAGCAAGACGAGCAGCACCUCGGCGGGAACCCACCGGACACGGCCAUAGAGUCGUUCUCGCAGCUCCCCUUCGUCCGCCCCAAACUGCAGCAGCCACCGGCGUCCGGCUCCGGCACAAGCCCUACGUCCAUCCGGCUGUUCGGCUUCGACGUCCCACCUGACGCCGCCACGUCCUCCACCGCAACCAGCGAUGCUACCGCGGCCAGCACCACCGCUCCGGGCCAAGCGGCGUGGUCGGGUGCCGGUGCAGGCGGCGGCGGCGGCGGCGGAGGGCGCAAGUUCGAGUGCCACUACUGCUGCCGGAACUUCCCGACGUCGCAGGCGCUGGGCGGGCACCAGAACGCGCACAAGCGGGAGCGGCAGCACGCGAAGCGCGCGCAGUACCAGGGCGCCAUGGCCAUGCACGCCCACUACCCCGCCGCCCACGCGUACCCCGCCUUCACCAGCUACCAGCACCACCGCUUCGCCAUGGCGCGGUACGAGCCGCCGCCGCAGCCGCCGCAGCCGCCGCCGCACUACCCCUCGUGGUCCAGCCACCUCCCGCAUGCUGCUCCACCGGUGGUGCCCAGGUACUACGGUGGGGCCGGCUCCCUGUCGCAGCCGAUCAACGGCAGCCCGGUGCCGGCUGCCGCGCUCUGUUGGGUCCCCGACGUCAACCUGUCCACGCCAGUGGCGACUCAAGAACGGCCGGCGUCGUUGUCGAUGGCCGGACGAGAUGAGGAGGCAAUGGCAGGAGCAAGAAGAGGGACCGUAGCAGCAGGACAAGCUGGCUCGCGAUUGCCGCCGUCGUCAACGUCCUCGUCGUCCGCGUCGUCGCAGCAUGAACGCCGCCGGGGAGACGCCGCAGAGAACAGAGAAAAUGUGAGUUUAGAUCUCACCUUGUAAUCCUUGAGCAACAAGAGGUGAACGAUUAAUCAGCGGGUUCAAAUUAUUUUUCUUUAGCUCGUGGAUUCGCUUAGGUAGUAGUGGUGCUCAAUCGAGAGGAAGCUUUUCUGACUUUGUUCAAUUCAUCGCUUUCAAUUGCUUUGUGAAAAGUGGGUGAUAAAUGGAAGAAGAACUCGCCACAGAUCGAGCAUGAAACAGACGUACUGCUGGUAUCAUUUCGAUCGAUCUCCUUAACUUUCCCUUUUUAAACCA